GGCACUGAUAAGUGGCACUGAUUGGCAGCACUGAUUGGCAUUGAUAGGUGGCACUGACUGGCACUGAUGGGUGACACUGAAAGGCAGCUCAGAUGGGCACUGAUUUGAGGCAUUGAUGUGCACCGGUAGGCACUGGCAUGUGGCCCUGAUGAGCACUGACAGCUGGCACUGAUGGACACUGACAGGUGGCACUGCUGGGGCUACACUGAUCAUCAGGGCACACUUAUCAGUGCUCUGAUGAUCACUGUCAGCGUGACCGCUCUUGAGGAGAGAAAUGCCGAUAACCGGCAUUUCCCUGUUUACAUGUGAUCA